GCGGCGCUGCAGCCUGGGGCGGCUCGGCUGAGGCGGCUCCUCCCCGCUCUCGCUCCCGCUCCCGCUCCCGUGGCCCGCGGCUCGCUCCUGCUCCGGGCCCGCCUGCCCAGGCCGCUCCCCGGGCCCGAAGAUGCCGGCCGUGUCGAAGGGGGACGGGAUGCGGGGCCUGGCGGUCUUCAUCUCGGACAUCCGCAACUUACUUGUUAAGAUGUGUGGCCCUGGAAACAUCGUCUCUGCUCUCUAGGCCUGUUUCCACACCUAGUCAAGGCAAAAGUAAAGAAGCAGAAAUAAAGAGAAUAAACAAAGAGCUGGCAAACAUUAGAUCAAAGUUUAAAGGCGACAAGGCCCUGGAUGGCUACAGCAAGAAGAAGUAUGUGUGCAAGCUGCUCUUCAUCUUCCUGCUGGGCCACGACAUCGACUUCGGGCACAUGGAGGCCGUGAACCUGCUCAGCUCCAACAGAUACACCGAGAAGCAGAUCGGCUACCUGUUCAUCUCGGUGCUGGUGAACUCCAACUCGGAGCUGAUCCGCCUGGUCAACAACGCCGUCAAGAACGACUUGGGCAGCCGCAACCCCACCUUCACGGGCCUGGCCCUGCACUGCAUCGCCAACGUGGGCAGCCGGGAGAUGGCCGAGGCGUUCGCGGGGGAGAUCCCUAAAAUCCUCGUAGCCGGAGACACCAUGGACAGCGUGAAGCAGAGCGCCGCCCUGUGCCUGCUGCGCUUGUACAGGACGUCUCCCGACCUCGUCCCCAUGGGCGACUGGACGUCCCGCGUGGUGCACCUGCUCAACGACCAGCACUUGGGUGUGGUGACUGCCGCCGCCAGCCUCAUCACCACCUUAGCACAGAAGAACCCGGAAGAGUUUAAAACCUCUGUGUCUCUGGCCGUCUCCAGGUUAAGCAGAAUCGUGACGUCGGCCUCCACAGAUCUCCAGGAUUACACGUACUAUUUCGUCCCGGCUCCCUGGCUAUCAGUCAAACUUCUGAGGCUGCUGCAGUGCUACCCGCCCCCAGAAGACCCUGCAGUGCGAGGCCGCCUGACCGAGUGCCUGGAGACGAUUCUGAACAAAGCCCAGGAACCGCCCAAGUCCAAGAAGGUGCAGCACUCCAACGCCAAGAACGCCGUGCUCUUCGAGGCCAUCAGCCUUAUCAUCCACCACGACAGCGAGCCAAACCUGCUGGUCCGCGCCUGUAACCAGCUGGGCCAGUUCCUGCAGCACCGGGAGACCAACCUGCGCUACCUGGCCCUGGAGAGCAUGUGCACGCUGGCCAGCUCCGAGUUCUCCCACGAGGCUGUGAAGACACACAUUGAGACGGUCAUCAAUGCCCUGAAGACGGAACGGGACGUGAGCGUGCGGCAGCGGGCCGUGGACCUCCUCUACGCCAUGUGCGACCGCAGCAAUGCCCAGCAGAUCGUGGCCGAGAUGCUGAGCUACUUGGAGACGGCCGACUACUCUAUCCGAGAGGAGAUUGUGCUGAAGGUCGCCAUCCUGGCGGAGAAGUACGCCGUGGACUACACGUGGUACGUGGACACCAUCCUGAACCUGAUCCGCAUCGCUGGAGACUACGUGAGCGAGGAGGUGUGGUACCGCGUCAUCCAGAUCGUCGUCAACCGGGACGACGUGCAGGGCUACGCCGCCAAGACGGUGUUUGAGGCGCUGCAGGCCCCAGCGUGCCACGAGAACCUGGUCAAAGUCGGUGGCUACAUCCUAGGGGAGUUUGGGAACUUGAUAGCAGGAGACCCGAGAUCCAGCCCCCUGACCCAGUUUCACCUGCUGCACUCCAAGUUCCACCUGUGCAGCGUCCCCACCAGGGCGCUCCUCCUGUCCACUUACAUCAAGUUCGUGAACCUCUUCCCGGAGGUGAAGGGCACCAUCCAGGACGUGCUGCGCAGUGACAGCCAGCUGAAGAAUGCUGACGUGGAGCUGCAGCAGCGCGCCGUCGAGUACCUGCGGCUCAGCACUGUCGCCAGCACCGACAUCCUGGCAACUGUCCUAGAGGAGAUGCCUCCGUUUCCAGAACGUGAGUCUUCUAUCCUGGCCAAGCUCAAGAAGAAGAAGGGCCCCAGCACGGUGACCGACCUGGAGGAGGCCAAGCGGGAGAGGAGCGCCGACGUCAACGGGGGCCCCGAGCCCGCCCCGGCCAGUGCCAGCGCUGCGUCCACGCCUUCUCCGUCGGCAGACCUACUGGGGCUGGGGGCUGCACCCCCCGUCCCCACGGGACCUCCACCCUCCUCCGGCGGGCUGCUCGUGGACGUUUUCUCAGACUCACCCUCCGCGGUCGCUCCCCUGGCUCCCGGCUCCGAGGACAACUUCGCCAGGUUUGUCUGUAAAAAUAAUGGUGUGUUGUUUGAAAACCAGCUUCUUCAGAUUGGACUGAAGUCUGAGUUUCGGCAGAAUUUAGGCCGGAUGUUCAUAUUUUACGGUAAUAAGACCUCCACGCAGUUCCUGAGCUUUACUCCUACGCUCAUCUGUUCGGACGACCUCCAGGCCAAUCUGAGCCUGCAGACCAAGCCUGUGGACCCCACCGUGGACGGGGGCGCGCAGGUGCAGCAGGCUGUCAACAUAGAGUGCGUGUCCGACUUCACCGAGGCGCCCGUCCUCAACAUCCAGUUCAGGUAUGGGGGAACCUUUCAGAAUGUGUCUGUGAAGCUGCCUAUCACACUCAACAAGUUUUUCCAGCCCACGGAGAUGGCUUCUCAGGAUUUCUUCCAGCGCUGGAAGCAGCUGAGCAAUCCCCAGCAGGAAGUGCAGAAUAUCUUCAAGGCGAAGCAUCCAAUGGACACAGAGAUCACCAAAGCCAAGAUUAUUGGCUUUGGUUCUGCACUCCUAGAGGAGGUCGAUCCUAACCCUGCAAACUUUGUGGGAGCUGGCAUCAUACACACCAGAACCACCCAGGUUGGAUGCUUACUGCGUCUGGAGCCGAGUCUGCAAGCCCAGAUGUACCGACUCACGCUGCGGACGAGUAGAGAAACCGUCUCUCAGAGAUUGUGUGAAUUGCUUUCGGAACAGUUUUAAUCAACAAGGACGGAGGGUCAGGCUCCUGUGUCUGCGUUUUUCUUCAUCUCCACUGUCGUCUUCGUUGCCAUGCCGCAAGUCCACGCCCUGUGUAGCGUUGCAGCCCCGGGUGCCGCCCAGCCCUGCUUCUCUGGCCUCGUCCCUUGUGGGGGUGGAUGGGAGCCCGUGUGCCGUCGAGGAAGAAGAGGCUCAGCCUGGACCCAGCCGCCCCGCCAAGUCAGGAGGAGAGGGGCGUGGAUCCCGGGACUAACUCUUACAGAAAUCAAGACGGUUCUGUGGCUAAGCCUACAAAUUAAAGGGAAUUUAGAAGUUUGAAUGAAAAUGGAAGGCGUUCGAAAUUUUACCAGGAUGCCGAGGCUGUCUCACUGACAGUCCAUCUCUGGUGCUCUGAGAGGAGAGGCAGCGUUCUGUCUGCCAUGGCAAUAGAUCUUGGCUACUUGGAUGGGAGACGGGGAGGCAGCCCAAGGGUAUGUCCACACGGGGCCCAAGCGCCGGCCUCGGCCAGGGUGAGAGCACAGUGCCAGGGGGCUUGCUGGGGCCAGGUUCUGAAUCUAGAAGUCAGACAGGGUGUGUUCUCAAUGACGAUCGACAAAAGCACGUAUCCUGGCUGGGUUUAAUUCUGUCUCCCUCCCCAGCACUGUGUUCUUAAAGUGAGAUCUGUAAAGCC